GCGAGAGGGUUUCGGGGGAAGUCCCAUGGAUCGCUCCUCGCGCCGUCCGGCUGCCCCGUCGCCGGCUCCGCCGUCGUCGUUUCUUUCUCCGUCUCGGCUUCCGCCGUCGCCCCGCCCACCGUCGCCCCUUCCGGUCCCUCCGGUCCCUCCGGCCCCUCUGGCUCCCCCUCCUUCGAGGGGGUUCGCUGCUGGUCCCGACUCCUCUCCCCGCGGGGUCCUCCAACCGCCUCCUCUGCCUCCUCCAAAGUCGCCAGCGGGACCACCAGCCUCUGUCGGACACGGCGUCGUAUCGGGUCAGGGCGUGUCCGCGGGGUCUCCGCCCCCGCCGUUUCGUCCGAUGAAGCGUCACCGCGGGGGCGGGGUGACGGGCUCUCGGGCAGGGUCACCUCCGACCGUAGUGCCCGGCAGACGAAGGGACCGCUCUCCGCCACUCUCCGGUCGUCCUCAGGGGUCGGGUUUGCGGGUGGGGCGGGGUAUGCCGCCGACACCAGUGGAUGUGCUCGGCGAUCCGCCGCCGCUUCCUCGUCCGCCUGUCCGUCUGGCGUCGCCGCUCGCGUUCUCGCCAGCCACGCCGCGAGCGACGGCGGCCGAAGGCCGCCGGCGCGAGCGCCGCAGCAGGGACCGGAUGAAGAACUCAACUCGAAACUAAUUAAUGAACUCUAGGAUGGGUGGAAGAGCCUUAUAUACCAUGGGCUCUCUCUCUCUCUCUCUCUCUCUCUCUCUCUCUCUCUCUCUCUCUCUCUCUCUCUCUCUCCCUCUCUCUCUCUCGAACGGUCCUUCAUUGCUGGGAGAUCCUGGGUACAGGCGAGGCAUAUAAGGUAGGUACAAGCAUGCAUGGUAUUCCUGGUCUUGCUCCUAGUCCCCGGCUAUUCCCCGGCUAAUCCCUCUCUCUCUCUCUCUCUCUCUCUCUCUCUCUCUCUCUCUCUCUCUCUCUCUCUCUCUCUCUCUCUCUCUCUCUCUCUCUCUCUCUCUCUCUCUCAAGCGGUCCGUUUAUUGCUUGGAAAACUGGGUACAGGCUAGGUAGGCAAGGGGCAACAAGUCAAGGUACGUGCAUGUUUAAGGGCUCGAAUCUACUCAAGCUCCCCUAGGGGCUCUGCUAUGGCAAAGCAGUCCCCAGGUGCCAUGUCGGCGUCAGGGGUGCCCACUGG